AUGCCGCCGUUUCCAGGAGAAGAGACGUUGACAACAGUAUAUGCCGACGCUCACACAUACUUCAACGCUCCCACUCCGCGGCCCAUCCUCCAUCGAUUCGACAAGUCCUCUUACUUUUACAUCUACUACAACUCGACCCGCCAGACAAGUCGAGUCGAAGUGGCCCUUCACCCGGGCACUGCCGACCAGGCCGCUUUCAACGGAUACCUGGACAAUGUCAAGAUCAUCAACUCUCACACUUUCCCAACCAGAGUCACGCUUGUGGUGGAUGGCGUCGAUCCGCCCAACGCUUCACCUGCCACUGCUCGAGCAGGGAAAGAUCCAGAUGAAUGGCGUCUAGCCAGCGCAGACCCAAGAGAUCCAGGCACCACCAAAUACCGGAUGCAUACGGUUGACUUCUACUUCUGGGUCCAGGAAGACGCGAGGCUGGUGGUUGACAUCUUCCAAAGGCUGUUAGAGCCGCACCAACUUGAUAUUGACGAGGCACCCGAAACCCACCAGGCGCACGACGUGCUCCACGACUCAGAGCACCAUGACAUGGUCAGCCCUGUUGUCCAAAACUUGGAACAAGUGGCUAUAUCUGAUCCGGCAUAUCACAAGGACAACCGCCAUGGAUCUCCUCCUGACGCUAGGGUCGAGGCUGCUCACGUAGCUUCUCCUCCACCGCCACCUCAAGACUCUGCUCACGCACAAGCAACAAAUCCUCCUUCGCCCGCCCCGGCUCCUUUGAAUGUCGACCGGACCCCAUCAUCAAUGACCGCUCAAGCACCAUCGGCCUCCUCCAGCUAUGCUCCGCUCGCAUACAAUCCAGCCGCUCCGGCCGCACCAGAACCGAUCGCCCAUCGGGAAGACACGCCGCCGCCAGUGGAUGCUGUCGACGGGACAGGGCUCGCGACGGCAGCAAAGCACGAUAGUACUUACGGCCAUCAUCAAUCGCAUCAGCAGGCCUACAGCGCCGCACUUGGACCGCAGCCCAUUUCAACGGGCCAGCAUGGACAUUACGGAUCUCCUCCUCCACCGCCCUCCUUUGGACCACAUGCGGCCACGAUCCCACACCCGGCAUCGGAUUCCCCACACGCAACAUCUUCACCGCAGCCGUCAUUUGGUCCGCAAGCGCCUGGGUCUUCAUAUCCAACUUCACCGAGGACAUCAGUGUCCACCCAUUACGGCAUACCAACAGCAACGAAUGCCACCAGCCCUGACGGCAGCCGACAUCCUUCCGUGGCUCCCCAACCUCAACCCCAACUCCAUCCCGGACACCAGCCGUACCAGCCUACCACUCAAGACCCAAACGCACAUAUCUUCGGCCAAGCUGCACCGGUGCAGACCCCCGGCACGCAAUUCUACUCGUCUCUCAACGGCCAGCCGCAUAAGCCGUUGCAGCACGUCCAGCCUCAGUACCCCGACUACUUGGCCGCAGGACAUCAAGCCGCUCCUCUAGGCGGCUAUUCCGCGUAUCAAUAUGGCCACCCGCAGCCGCAGCCACAGCAAACUACUGCGACGGCCGGUAACCCGUACGACGUCCAUAAUCAAGUCUACCGUCCCACCGAGGAGGAACAUCAUACGCAUCAUCACUCCAAACCUGCGCGGCCGUCGAGUACACAGCAUAAGCCGUCUCAAGCGGAGCGACUGGAAAAGGGGGUGGGCAAGCUGUUCAAGAAGAUCGAAAAGAAGAUUGGAUGA